AUGCUUUGGCAGAUGUCGCCGGAGAGAAGAGAGGAGGCCCUCGCGAGGGAGGCGGAGAGGACGGGGCGCCCGAGGGGCGGCCCCGGUGGCGGCGGUAGACUUCUCAAUGAUUUCAAGAAUGUCAGGUACGAUGAGGAACGGGAUAACCCGAGGUUUGAAAGGAGGACGGAGAAGAAGGAGGAGGAAAACCGAGAUCGGACCCGGGAAACGGGAAGACAGACGUCUAGGCACGACGGCGGGAGGUCGAGUUGGAGAAGCCCGCAAGGCGGUUUUGGGCGAGGGGCUCAGAGGUCGUCAUCGGCACCGGUGGCUCCGAAGACGUUUCGACCGGAGCGGGUACAGGGACGUAAGCCUCCUGCGUACAGCGGUGAGGCCCCGAACAGCGCAAGAUCGGCAGGGCAAGCCGGUUCUGGGCGCGGGUCCAGGAGGUCUUCAUCGGCGCCGAUGAAUCCAGAAGCAUUUCGGUCAGAGAUGCUCUCGGGGAUGUCCAUACAACCGGACAGGGGAGUCAGUGAGCGCCCUUCCGCAUCUCAACAACGGCACGAACCAAAGGUCCAGGUGGCCAAAAGGAAAGACGUCGACGACUUGAUACCCGAACUGUCCUCUGAACACGCAAACAAAGUCAACACGGCUCUGAAGAUCUACCGCGCAAGAUCCCUCUACUUCACGCGCCCUGAACAGCUCAACAGCCCGCCAGCCCGAUCCAAAGGCUACCCACAACCCGCCGCAAGGGACGACGGCGGCACCAUCUUCGCCUCCCCCGCCAGGAGCCUCGCCUACGAGCACGCGAGGGUCUUCUUCACCCGCCCCAAGGCGCACUUCCUCUACUCGGCCGCCAACUUCAAGCAGCACCCGAUCAACACGACGACGCCGGAGGUGUGCGUGAUCGGGGCGAGCAACUGCGGCAAGUCGUCCUUCGUCAACGGCCUGACGGGCCUCAGCGGCCGGGGCAUGGCGAUGGAGGGCCACGAGGCGGGCAAGACGGUGACGAUGAACGCGUACGGGAUCGGGUCGCUGGCGCGGGUCCCGCGGCGGGAGGUCGCGUCGCCGGCGGCGGCCGGGGAGAAGGGGUCGGUCCACGGGGCGAUCCUGGUCGACACGCCGGGGUACGGGUACGCGAGCCGGAAGGAGUGGGGGCGGGAGAUCGUGGAGUACCUCAAGAAGAGGACGAUGCUGAGGGGCGUGGUGCUGCUGCUGUCGGCGGAGAAGAGGGUGUCGGCGCAGGACGAGGCCGUGAUGAGGCUGGUGGCGGAGGCGGGGCGGCCGGCGAUGGUGGUGUUUACGAAGAUGGACAAGACGCUGGCGCGGGGGAGGCGGUCUGAGAAGGGCGGGAUCGAGAUGAGGCUGAGGGAGGUGGAGAGGGCGUUUGCGAGGACGGGGUGGGAGGGGUGGGGGCCGAGGAUCCAUCUCACCGCGGCGAAGAUGGAGAGGCCCAAGGAGCUGGCGUCUGAGACGGGGCACGCGAUGGCGGCGGCGAUUCCGGGGAUGGCGGGGGUCAGGAUAGAGAUUUUGGAAAUGAUUGGCUUGAGGGAGUUUGUUGCGCCGUUGGAUCGUGCGACGAUGAGGGAUCUGGGGGUGGAAGAGCCCGAUGUGGAAGAGCUAGAGGUCGAGGGAGAGCAGACGACGGUUGGCGAGACAGGGGCUGAGGCAGGGGAGGAGAAGGAGAUGAGUGGGGAGAAGAGGGAGAAGCCUGGGAAGGCCAUGGAGAGCGAUCCGACGGCGUGGAAAGGGGAGAUCCUUUCGUACGAGGAGCUGCAGAAGAAGUUUGGGGACUGGAGCUCGUGA